GCCGAGCUGAGAGUAAAUAGAAGCAGGAGCCCAAAAUGGCGGAGCCCCCGAGUCCGGUUCGUGGCGCGGCGUCGCCGGAGCAGGAGCCGUUCGGCGCCAGGCCGGCUCCGGAUGCGAAGGCCUCCCGUGGGUCCCAGCCAGCCGCGAAGAAAAUGAGGGGAGCUGACGAGAGGAGCCUGAAGGGCGCUAAGCGCGUCAACGGUGAAGGGGGCGGUGGUGGCGGGAGCGGCAAGCAGCCGCCACCGCUCCCCGCCGUGGUGCCCAGCUACGGCGCCCCCGCGGCCUGGGGCUUCCCCGCGCUGCCCCCCGGCCCCGCGGGGGGCGCGGGGGGCUUCGCCUUCCCCCCUCAGCUGCCCCGGAAGCUGCUGUCGCCCGCCGUGCUGCUGCCGUCGUCCGCCUCCCCCUCCUCUUCCUACCAGCAGCACCAGCACCGCCACCACAGGCACCGCCUGGCCCUGGCUGUCGAGGCGGGAGGCGGCGGCCUCGUCGCGGCCGCCGCCGGGAGCACCAAGCCGAAGAGGCCCAAGGAGAAGCGCGACAAGGAGAGGAAGAAGCACGGAGCGGCGCCCGUGGCGGCAGCAGCCGGCGAUGGCGGCGGGGGCCUGAGCGCGGCCGGCCGCGAGGAGAACGGCGAGGUGAAGCUGCUGCUGCAGAGAGCUCAAAUCAAAGACAAAAUUAAAGAAAGGGAUAAGAAGCAAAAAGAGAAGAAGAAGCACAAAAUAAUUAAUGAAAUCAAGAAAGAAAAUGGAGAGGUCAAAUUAUUGCAGAAAGGUGGGAAGGAGAAACCAAAAACCAAUGCAGAAGAACUACAGAUUAAAAAAGUUAAGAAGAAAAAGAAAAAGAAACAUAAAGAGAGUGAGAAAAGGAAGCGUCCAAAAAUGUACAGCAAAUCCAUUCAGACCAUCUGCUCAGGAUUGGUUUCUGAUGUUGAGGAUCAGGAAGCCAAAGGCAUUAUAGAUGAUCAUCUUAAGGAUUUCAAUGGGAAAAAUAUGGAUCCCAAGAAGGACUUUGAGUCCAAGAUACCAGAGAACAGUGAGUUUCCAUUUGUCUCGUUAAAGGAGCCACGGGUUCAAAAUAAACUCAAAAGGUUGGACACAUUGGAGUUCAAACAGCUGAUUCAUAUUGAGCACCAGCCUAACGGAGGUGCAUCAGUUAUCCAUGCCUACAGUAAUGAACUCUCCCACUUAUCUCCUGUGGAGAUGGAGAGAUUUGCAGAAGAGUUUGUGGGUCUGGUUUUUAGUGAAAAUGAAAACUGUGCAGCUUACUAUGUAAUGGGUAUUGUUCAUGGGGCAGCUACUUAUUUACCUGACUUUUUAGACUACUUUUCAUUUAAUUUUCCCAAUUCACCAGUGAAAAUGGAGAUUUUGGGAAAGAAAGAUAUAGAGACAACGACUAUGUCAAAUUUUCAUGCUCAGGUAAAAAGAACAUACUCUCAUGGUACUUACAGAGCUGGCCCAAUGAGACAGAUCAGCCUAGUUGGAGCAGUUGAUGAAGAAGUGGGGGAUUACUUUCCGGAGUUCCUUGAUAUGUUGGAAGAAUCACCUUUCUUAAAAUGUACACUGCCAUGGGGAACACUUUCUAGUUUAAAAUUAGAGAGUCGUAAAGACAGUGAUGAUGGUCCCAUCAUGUGGGUACGUCCAGGAGAACAGAUGAUCCCUGUGGCUGACAUGCCAAAGUCCCCUUUCAAAAGGAAGAGAACUACCAAUGAAAUAAAAAACUUGCAGUACCUACCUCGAACCAGUGAGCCCCGUGAAAUGCUAUUUGAAGACCGGACACGAGCCCAUGCAGAUCACAUAGGACAAGGUUUUGAACGGCAGACUACAGCUGCUGUGGGAGUGUUGAAGGCUGUGCACUGUGGAGAGUGCUCUCCAGUGAACACAAAUACACUCAUUAAGGGAUGUUAUGGAGGAUGCAGGUCUGAGCAGCCUCGUAUAACCAAAGAUGUAAUUUGUUUUCAUGCUGAAGACUUCUUAGAGGUAGUUCAGCGAAUGCAGUUAGAUUUGCACGAGCCCCCACUCUCACAGUGUGUCCAGUGGGUUGAUGAUGCAAAACUCAAUCAACUGCGAAGGGAAGGCAUUCGAUAUGCCAGAAUUCAGUUAUUUGAUAAUGACAUUUAUUUUAUUCCAAGGAAUGUUGUACACCAGUUCAAAACAGUUUCAGCUGUUUGCAGUUUGGCUUGGCACAUCCGACUCAAGCUAUAUCAUUCAGAGGAAGAACUUUCUCCAAAUGCAAGUACUCUUGAAGCAGGGACAUCUGCAGACCCCAAGUCUUCGGUUAUCGGACUUCAGACUGACAGCAAAAUUUGUACGACAAGCAAAAAUACCUCCGAAGACACCAAAUUUUCAGAUACUCUUCAGACAAAGUAUCUGCAGCAGGAAUUUAUGUCAAUAAAACAAGAACCUAUUGCAUCUCACCGAAUAAAAGAAGAAUCCAUGAAUGUUGAUCUCGCUGGAAAGACAGUGGCAUCUAAUGACAUUGAGGGUCAGAAUGUUCAGACUAGAUUGGAUCACGUUGAAUUGACGGCGUUUAAGUUUGAAAUGGAUUCUAAAUUUGAACCUGGCAACAAGGACACACAAGACAAGUUGUGCCCUGGAAGUCACGUAUAUCCAGAUGAUACGAGACAGCAUAGUUCAUCAUAUCCAAAUCUGCAUGGACAAAGAGAGGAUGAUUUUUUGUGCUAAAUUUGUAUAUACGGUUUUAAAUUCCUUUUUAAACUUAAUGACGUAAUAAUGUAAAGAUUCAUAAAUUUCGUGAGGCAAGUUUGUGACUUGCCUUCGCAUCUGUUACAGAAAAUAGUUAUGUAGCUUUGUAACAUUCCUCAGUGCCUGUCCAUAACUGUGAAGUAUCAAAGCACUUAGGGCCAGAUGCACUGUAAACACUGCAGGUUUAACAUAAAGAAGUCUUUAAAUAAUUUUGAGUUGUAGGUUUUAGAGUAGAGCUGACAUUUAACAUAUAUAUUUUUUGUAAGAUGAGCCAGAAUUCUUUUUGACAAUUCCAGGCUUUUCCAUAGAGCUUAUUUAUACCAAUUUUUUCAUUUUAAAUGUGUCAGCACUGUAGUGUAAAUAUCUUUUUUAAAAAUCUUUUUAGUGUGAUUUAUACUGAAAUGUGAGCCGCUUAAUAAAGGUUCAUAAUAACAAA